AUGUCCAGCAAACCCCCUCCCGCCCUCCUCGAGCCCUACCUGCACCUCCCGCCCGAAACCUCCCUCCUCACCCUCACCGGCACCCUCGAUUGCAGCAUCCACUGGCUCACGGCACGCUUCAUCGCCAGCGCGCUUGCUUCUUCCUCCUCCUCGCACUCGCAGCAGGAUUCGUCCAUAGUACUCGUUAGCUGGAUGCGGGAUUUUACGUUUUGGAGGGGAGAGAUUAGACGGACGACUGUGAGUCGGCAGGCACUGAUCCCCCCCUUCAAUUCAAUCCAAACCUCUCGCGCUUUCUCGCUCUUGCUCACGGUUUUUUUUUCUUCCCUUCUCUCUCCACAGGGUCUCGACAUUUCCAAAUACCCGCGGAACUUCACCUAUAUAGACCAAUUCUCCAAUCACCACCACCUCCACCACCACCAAUCAUCCCCAUCCCCAUCCCCAUCCCCAUCCCUCCAGGACCUCCAAUCGCAAAUCCUCUCCGCCCUCCUCCAACAACAACAACAACAACAACAACAACAACAACAACAACAAAAAAACCCGGACAACAACCCCCCCACCACAACAACAACUCUCCUAAUCCUAGACGCCCCCGACGUCCUCCUCGCGACAACCCCAACGACAGCCGACGAACUGAACCACUUCCUCCUACAGCUCCGCAGCCACCAAGUCCACGGUACCACGAUUCUAAGCUGCUCGGCGAAUCUUCCGCUCAUCUCUGCGGCGGCAACGGCAACAACGGCAGGAAACAACAGCAACCCUCCGACGAGUGCGAUGGAAACGGCAACGGCGGCCUUCAUCACGGCGCAGGCACAUUCGUCUCGCUUGGUGAUGAGUGUGCGGGGACUGGAGACGGGAGCGGCGAGGGAUGUGAGUGGCGUUCUGAGAAUUACGAGAGGCGGUGAUGUCGAGGGUGGCGAUGAGGUGAGAGAGGCGGAGCUGUUGUAUCUCAUCCAGAGGGACGGAGUGGCGAAAGUGUUUAGUAGAGGGAGUAUACCUGUGUCGUGA